GGGUCCGAGAGAAUUGGGCACCACAAAAAUUGAAAGAAGAAUUACAACUUAACCUAACUUGUGUUCAUUGUAUAUUCGUUAGGAUAAGAAAUAAUUAUUAUUCGAUGAAGUAAAAACAUUAUGCAAGAACAAAUUUCAGGCGUCGAACAUGAAGUGGACAUAAACGACGUUUUCGAAGAUAUCCUAUUUGCUGAGGAAAAAAUUGUGGAACAGGGCUACCAGGAGGGUUACAAAUUAGGUUCUGCGGAAAACAGCACGGAAGGUUAUCAUCUGGGUUACCACCGCGGCUGCGAACUAGGUUAUCAAUUGGGGUAUUAUAAUUCAUUUGCCGGAUAUUAUUUGGCAAAGUCAAAUGAGUUCUCGGAGAAAAUACAAAAAAACUUGGAAAACUUAAAACAACUCGUUGCGAAUUUUCCGCAAACCAAUGUUGAAGACGUCGAUAUUAUAGAAACCAUGGAAAAAAUUCAUUCCUUGUACAAAAAACUUUGUGUUCAGUUGAAACUAACUUCCGAGUUGAAAAAGGACAGUUUCACUUUUUAA